UCUCCUUCUCUCCUAUCUCUCUCUCUCCCCCUCUCUCACUCAUUUUUGUGUUAACUUGUAUUUUAUGCACUAGUUGUUAUAUAUAAAUAAUUUCUUCAGAGGGUUUUCUUUUUCCCUUUCUCUUCCCUCAUUUCCUUCCUUUCCACCCUCAGCUGUAAUGAUUUUCUCGUUAGGGGUAUCGUUCUUGAGGAAUCUGAGGAGUUGUCGUUGUGUUUGUGAAAAAGUGUCAGUUAAUAAAGCUUCGCCCGAAAUAAAUACCAUUUCUUAAAGAAACAAGGACGAGCACCCAGAACAGAAUCGCAUGACUGCAUGAGUGUUUUUCCCCAUUCGUUGAUGUGAUCUUCAAACAAAACAACAAAUACCCUCUUUCCGGCUUUCAUCGUCGUCGUUUCCUUUAUUUUUUUCCACACUCUGUCUUCCCCCUUCAUGUUUUUGGCUUCUGGGGCUGGGUUGAUUUGAUUCUGGUUUUCUCAUCGACAAUCUCUGAUUCUCAAUGUCUCGUCCAAGACAAUUCCAGAUGGUGGGUGGUGCUAACAAUCCUGGGCAUUACAAUGACACGACUUUUACUAAAAUCUUUGUGGGUGGAUUGGCUUGGGAGACUGAAAGGGACACAAUGAGGAGGUAUUUUGAGCAGUUUGGUGAGAUCCUUGAGGCUGUUGUUAUCACAGACAAGAACACAGGGCGAUCCAAGGGUUAUGGCUUUGUUACAUUUAAGGAUCCAGAAGCAGCCAUGAGAGCAUGUCAGAAUCCGUCUCCAGUUAUUGAUGGGAGAAGAGCAAACUGCAAUCUUGCAUCUCUUGGAGCAAACAAGAAUCGCCCACCAACUCCUCAACAUGCAGGAAGGUUCAGACCAGGACCUGGACUGGUGGCUACACCUGCAUACCAAGGCUCUUCCUCUACAUUUUUCCAUCAACCCUCUGGCCAAUAUACAUUUCCUUAUUCAGCUUAUGGGUAUUCUGGAUAUUCACAAGACACCAUGUAUCCCAUGAACUAUUAUAGUGUGUAUGGAGGUCAACAGUUUUCACCAUACUACCCAUCUAGUGGGGCAUCUGGGCCACCAGGACUGGUCCAUAAUAUUUAUCCUUUCUAUGCUCAAUAUGCACAGAGUAGCCAAGCUCAGGGUUUUGGACUUCAAUAUCCCCAAAUGCUACAGUUUCCAUUUCUGCAUCAACACUAUGGCUCCACUGGGAUCCUCUCUUUUUCUUCUUCAGUGCCGAUGUCAACCACUACAACUAGUGCAGUUGCAACAGCAGCAGCGGCAGCAGCAGCAGCAACAGGGACAACAUCAACAGCAGUAGCGGCAACAACUGGGGCAGGUGCUUCACAAGCUUCUGGAACAGCUUCUGAACAAAAAUCUUUAAAUUAGAUUCUCCAAGCGGAUAAAUAAAAAUGUCUUUCCUUGCGAGGCUAACAAGUUUUAGUGGGGGGGGGGGAGCUUAUGAUGAAAAAGCGUCAAGAACAAUGUGGGGAAGAUAAGAGACCAGCUUGCAUAACAAGAAGAAGAAGAAUGAUCCGAUGAUUUUCAGCAUGGAACAACAUUUUAUUGAUGGGAUAUUUGGGUAUUUGACAGGAAAAAUUCUCUAGUGAAAAUCAUGAAUUGACAUAUAAGCAUGUCAGAGAAACAUUUCUGCAGGGAAACUCAAGUGGUUUCACUUCUGAGUUCUGACACACUUAUAUGUUAAUUCAUGAUUAAAUACUUGAUUUACUUAAGAAUUCCUGUGUCUGAGAUUCAUUACAUAAAGCUUGUGCCACCAUCUGGCCUUGACGACGUCUCAAACUCAUGCCAAGAAUUAUCAGUGUUCAUCAUCUCGAUCAUCAUGAAAAGUGUCUGUUUUAGGAAAUCGGGGGUCUUUUUUACUUUUCUUUCGAGCACGUACAAGAGCUUAGAAGUAGCUAGAGGAGAUCAUAUUCAUUAUUGUUGUAUUGAUCAUGAGGUAGAAUCCAAAUGUUGGGGCUUUGGAUUCUUACCUUAUUGACUGAUUCUUAUUAGCAUAGCGUGUCUUGGGUGCAGGGAGCAUCCAAUGACACAGGCCUCUUGUUUAUAAUGGGCAAAGGUGAAAGCAAGGGUUCAAAAGAUUAGUUUUAUAUCGUUGGACCCUCUUUAAUUGGUUGGUCAAUUAGGAAGAAAAAGUGGAGCUUCGAAAGCUCAUCAGAUUGUUAACUUGUUACUUAUUUAUUUUUGAAAAAACAAUUUUGCUUUGUUAUUAAAUUCAUGAUUGGUGCUUUUUUUCCCUCGAGAUUAACAGCAGAAGCUGCUGGCUGCGGGGGGAAGAAUAAUGAAGAUGAUGAGUAUUUUGUUGGUUUAAUUUUGGGUGAUAAUCAUGGCUUGUGUGUACAAUUUGCCUUUCACUGUCAAACUGGCAAUCUAUGAUUCUUUCUUUUGCGUCAAUCAGAUCUCUUUUGCAAUCUGUACUCAUGUGUUUGGAAUCCAAUGGAAGCGCCGAGUCAAUGGUUGUUGCCUUGAUAGUACCUUCCUCUCACUUUUUCACAGUACUUUUGUUUCCGUUCAUUUUAUUUAAUUUAGAUUGUGGGCCCUAAUUCGCAUAGAA